GUAGAGGUAAAAAUGGAAGCGGUACCCAUAAAUACAUUUGGCUAUUUGUCUCCGGUAGUUUUUUGGUCUCUCAUUACAAUUGCAACGGUACUCGCUGUUGCUCAUUAUUUCAUAGAGACCUCACGAAUCGUCAAGAUGGGUAAUAAACUUCCAGGCCCGAAAACUGUUCCGUUUUUCGGAAAUGCCAUUCUCGCUGUUGGAGUGGAUCCUAAAGACGCCCUAACGGAAGCUCUGAAAUACGACAUUUACGGAGAUGUGAUGAGGGUAUUUUUCGGCCCUAAAUUAAUAGUUUUCCUUUCAGACGCACGCGAUGUUGAAAUUAUUCUUAGUAGUCCAGUGCAUAUUGAUAAAUCUCCCGAAUACAGGUUCUUUGCACCAUGGUUGGGCGAGGGCCUUUUGAUAAGCACAGGCGACAAGUGGCGCAUUCACCGGAAGCUCAUAGCGCCAACUUUUCAUCUCAGUGUCCUCAAGUCCUUUGUACCGCUCUUUUACGAGAACAGUAUCGAUCUCGUGCAAAAGCUUAAGAAUAACGUUGGAAGAGACUUCGAUUGUCACGAUUAUAUGUCCACUGUGACCGUCGACAUCCUUAUGGAAACAGCUAUGGGUGUGAGAGGAACUUCCAAGGAGAAGAGCAGCUUUGAAUAUGCAUCCGCUGUUAUGGACAUGUGCAACAUCAUACAUCAGAGGCAUUACAAUCUACUAUUGCGACUCGAUGCUCUUUUUCAAUUUAGUUCGUACGCUAAGGAGCAGCAAAAGUAUCUCGACAUCAUUCACGGACUCACGAAGCGCAUCAUCAAAAAGCGCAAAGAGGAGGUGAAGGAGAAUGGGGAGGCAACAGACACGAGGUUGCAGGAGACAAAAACUAAAAAGAUCAUGACGGCAGUAACGGAACCCAAGGAGCAGAAGAUUCGAUACGUUAGGGAUGAUCUCGAUGAAAUCGAUGAUAAUGACGUUGGAGAGAAAAAAAGACUCGCCUUUUUGGAUUUAAUGUUGGAAAUGAAGAGAAAUGGCGAGCAUUUGACUGAUGAAGAAAUUAAGGAAGAAGUCGAUACCAUUAUGUUCGAGGGACAUGAUACAACGGCAGCUGGUUCAAGUUUUGUACUUUCAUUACUAGGAAUUCAUCAGGAUAUACAGGUUCGAGUAAUGGAAGAGUUAAAUGAAAUAUUUCAAGGUUCCGAUAGGCCGUGCACUUUCCAAGACACCGUCGAAAUGAAAUAUCUCGAAAGGGUUAUCCUAGAAACUUUAAGACUCUUUCCACCCGUUCCAAUCAUCGCCAGACAGUUAAAACAUGACGUCCAAUUGGUGUCUGGCAAUUAUGUGGUACCGUCAGGUUCCACCAUUGUUAUACCACAGUAUAAAAUUCACAGACAGGAAAAAUAUUACGCGAAUCCCGAUGUUUUUAAUCCUGAUAAUUUCCUGCCAGAAAAUAUGCAAGACAGGCAUUAUUAUGCUUAUAUUCCAUUCAGCGCAGGUCCAAGGUCUUGCGUUGGUCGUAAAUAUGCAAUGCUGAAGCUGAAGGUUUUAAUAUCGACGUUUUUGCGAAACUACCAGGUUUUUUCAGAUCUAACGGAAAAAGAUUUUAAGCUGCAAGUGGACAUAAUUUUAAAGAGAUCUGAUGGAUUUAAUAUCAAAAUUGAGCCACGAAACAAAAUUAUUAUCUCGUAA